AUGGCUGGCACGAAGGAAAAGAAGCACCACAAUGGCGUCAAGCGCGAGCUGAACGGUGACUCUGUUGCGCAUAAGAGCAUGCCUGAGAGGCCGGCGAAGAAGGCCAAACUACUCGACAACACCGACGACGAGGGUUCUGAUGAAGAAGAAGGCGGCGUCUCCCUAAAAGUCAACGAGGAAUAUGCACGUCGGUUUGAGUACAACAAAAAGCGCGAGGAGAAGCAGCGGUUGGAGGAGAAGUAUGGAAAAGACAGAGGCAUGGACGAAGACGAAGACUCCGAGGACUCGGAAGAGGGCGUUGAGGAAGAUGAUGCAGCAGAACUUCUCGACGAGGAUCUCGACGAUCAAGUCAAUGCCACCCUACAGGCCCUGCGCUCCAAGGACCCCCGCAUAUACAACAAAGAAGUCAAGUUCUAUCGCGACCCAGAGGGCGACGACAAUGGUGGUGCAAACGGCACAGAGAAGGAAAAGCCAAUGACUCUCAAAGACUACCAUACCAAGAACUUGCUAGAGGGCAGAUUUGCGGACGAUGAGGAAGAGGCACCGCCGAAGACGUAUGCCCAAGAACAGGAAGAGGCCAGGCAGGAGCUCGUCAAAAAGCUUCACGACGCAGACGAGGAGGAAGAGGACGACUUCCUAGUCGCCAAGCCUAAGCCUGCCUCGUCCAACAAGGACCGUGUCAAAAUUACCGCUCAGGAUGUAGAAAAUGCCGACAAGGACCCCGAGACCUUCCUUUCCAACUUCAUGGCGUCGCGCGCAUGGGUACCAUCGGACAAAUCCCGCUUCCAACCACUCGAGUCUGACGAUGAGGAAGAAGACGCAGCGGCCGACGAAUGGGAAAACUCCUACAAUCUAUACUUUGAAAGCACGGCUGGUGCAAAUGAAAAGAUUGUGACAUAUGCUCGUGAUGCUGUCGCCAGUACCACCGUCCGCCGCGACGAUGUGAACGGACGACGCAAGGCUCGCGAGGCUGCGCGUGCUAAACGUGAAGCGGAGAGGCAGGAGAAGGAAAAAGAGUUGGCUCGGUUGAAGAAGCUCAAGAUGGAGGAUAUGGAGCAAAAAGUCAAGCAAAUCCGAAAAAUCGGGGGUCUGAGUGGAAGGGACUUCAAGCUUGAAGAAUGGAAAGAUGUCCUCGAAGCAGACUGGUCAGAUGAUCGUUGGGACGCUGAGAUGCAAAAGCGCUUUGGCGACGCUUACUAUGAUGAGGGCGAUGCAGGCAUGGAGAGCGAGGAGAAUGAAGGCACGAAAGGGAGGAAGAAACUGAAGAAGCCCAAAUUUGAUGACGACAUUGAUAUCAAGGACCUCGUUCCUGACUUCAAGGAUGACGAUGAGGAGGUUCCUGAUAUCACGCUCUCUUCGGACGAUGAGGGGGCUGAUGACGACGAAGAUACGGACGAUGCCACGUCCGCAAAGUCAUCUAAGAAGCGAAAACAAGAACGCGCCGAAGCCAAAAGUGCGAGCCGGCGCGACCGCCGCCUCAUCGAGAAUCUCGUCAAUGAGAAUCUCGAAUACGAGAGAGCGCUCGCAGCAAAACCCAAAGCCGCUACGAAAUUCCGCUAUCGCGAGACCUCGCCGACCACGUUCGGUCUUACAGCACGUGAUAUUCUGCUGGCGGACGACAAGCAACUAAAUGAAUUUGCUGGCUUGAAGAAGCUAGCUUCGUUCCGAGAUCCCGAGAAGAAGAAGAAGGAUAAAAAACACCUCAGUAAGAAGGCGCGUUUGAGGCAAUGGAGGCAAGAAACUUUUGGAGAUGCUGAAGGGCCCAAGGGAGGCUUUGAGACGCUGCUUGGCGCUGAGGCUAGUGGUGCAGUACAGGAGGAUCCAAGCAAUGUUGUUGAAGGCGAAAAGAAGAAAAAGAAGAGGAGCCGGAAGCGGAAGGCUGGGACGGAGGCAUAA